AUGCCCCUUCAACCACCAAUUUCCUGCGGCGAUCGGGCUGCUCCGGUCUCUAUUGUCCUCGGCGACUUCGUGUACAUAGACGGGGGCUUGAUUGCCGACGGACAGAACUCGUCUGGCAACUUCCCAUACCGGGCAGUAAACUCAACGCUCUCCAUCAGCCUAAAGGACUCAUGGACCAACUCGACCGUCGAUGUGAAGACGAUAUUCAAGGAAUCCCAGCGGUCGCAGAUGAACAGCCAGGGAAUAUGGCGCGAUCCCACCUCGAAAAUAUUCUAUGUCUGGGGCGGAGACAUCUCCUUCAACCAGAAGGGCCCUCCCGAGUUCCUCUGGACCUUCACGGGCGACGGCGACGGCGGCGGCUCCUGGUCCCGCGAGGUUUCCAACCCCACCGACCUCACGGGCUUCGUUCGGACCAGGGAGGCCGCCUUCGCCCAGAGCGCCGACACCGCGUACUACCUCGGCGGAUUCGCGGGCUUCUACUCGGAGAGCGCGAUCGAGUUCCGGAAUAGGACCAUGCCCGUCCCCGGGAUGCUGACGAUCGACAUGAAGACACGCUCGUUCAAGAACAUCUCGACGACGCCGAACCGGUUUGGCACGUUUGGAACUUUCAAGGGCGGGGCCAUGCAGUUCGUUCCCUUUGGAUCUGAGGGCUUGUUGCUCGUCCUCGGCGGGUGGGAGGCGCCCGUCACGACGAACGACCCCGGCGAGUGGUUUCCGAUGGACUUCAACAAUCUCACCAUAUACGACCCGAAAACCGACAAAUGGCACACCCAGAGAACCCAGGGAGAAGUGCCAUCACCGCGGGAGAAGUUCUGCGCGGUGGGCGUCGCCGGUCCUAACAACACUUACGAUAUAUUCCUCUACGGCGGCCGUUACGCCGUCCAGAAAGGAACGCCCACCGACGAAGUCUACGUCCUGAGCCUGCCGGGCUUCGUCUUCUUUAAAGCCAGCAGCGAGCUCUCGACCAAACGCGCAGGCCACGCCUGCGUCGGCGUCGGGAGGCGUCAGGUGUUAUCCAUCGGUGGCCUGGACGAAGGCGGGACGAAUUUCCAGUCGUGGCUCAUGAAGGACCCGUGGGCUCUCGGGCUCGGCGUGUUCGACAUGACGCAGAUGCGCUGGACGGACGGCUACGAUUCCAAAGCGGCUUCGUACGAGGCGCCCGACGUGGUCAAGCAGUGGUAUGACGGAGGCAAUUUGGCGUCUGUCAAGUGGUCGAACGACGAAGUCAGGGAGUUGUUUGCACAGACUGCUUCAAAUGCACCGACCAACGCACCGGGAACUUCGCCAUCAAGCAGUUCUUCGCCUGGCGGUUCGGACUCAAAGCCGGUCGGCGCCAUCGCGGGUGGCGUUGUCGGUGGUGUCGUCGGCCUGGCGCUCAUCGUGGGCCUCGUUCUCUUCUUCCUCAGGCGCAAGAAGAGACGACAUGCGGCGGUGUCCCAGAACGAGCCUCCCGCCCCGAUGAAGCAUGCUUCUGAUGCCACCGCCGACACGGCCCCCCAAACCCACGAGGUGCAUGCUGACUAUUACAACCCCAUCGAGUUACCAGAAAGCCAAGGACCACCGAGAUAUGCGCCAGUGCCCACCAGGCACGAAAUGGCGGGAUGA